UGAGAACUAUUUAUUAACUUUUUAAUAACUAGAAUAUAAAGUUAUGAAAUAGUAUAGUUAAUGAGAACUGAGAUAGAAUAUAAUUGCAUAGAGAUUGAACUUGGUAUUAAUUAUAGAGAGCGGAAAAUUUUCUGUAACGUUCAGCCUAGCUAAGCAUUAUAUUCCCAGGAUUAAAGUGUGAGAAGAAUAAUGGCUGAUAGUGCAUAAAGAAUUAGCCAUGGAACUGUUUUGCAAUAUUCUAUAUAAGUUGAUAACGUGAAUAAGUUCAGUGAACUGAAAGUGAAUUUCAUCUGAAACCAAAUCAAGAAAAUGUUAGAGUUGAUGUCGGUUAUUGUUCUAAUUUUUGUGUCGGUGACAAAAGCCACUUUAGAUCCUUCAGGUGUUAAGUGUGGUCAAAAGAGAUGUUCAACUACAGAGUACUGUAGUCCCUUUGAUUCACAGUGUAAACCAUGUUCUCUAAUUUGUGAUUCUGCCAGCCACAACCAUCAUCCAGAAAUUUGUGUUCGAGACUGUCAAGUUUAUUUGCACGACCAGAGAUACGUUUUACGAGCGGAGCUGGAUCAAGAUGGAAACUUGAGAGGAGAAAUACAAAGGCUGCGAACUUUUACAGAAGUAUCAUUAAUUUUGUGGGUUCUUCUUUGCAUUCUUACAGUCAUUUGGGUGGCUAGAAGACUGCUGAAUGCAAAAAAAAUUAAAGGAACUUUCGACAAAAUAUUUGGAAAAAAAUGGAUAAAGACAGCAAACAGCAAUAGAGUGCACGACGACGUAGAGAAUGGAACAAUAAAAUCUCAACAAGCUGGUGUAAAACCAACAAUGCCAACGAUAAGUGCAUCGGUUUCAGCGUCGUCAACACAGGAUUCUAAUGCAUGCUCUACUACAACCCCAAACACCACAAGUACUCCGCUUUCAAAAAAAUACGCUAGUGAAGAUAGUACCCUGGAAUUCGCUUAUGACAAUCUGGCGAUGACAACAAGCAUUGAGUCUGCUCAACCAAAAUCUAAAAAAGAAAGUUCUUUUUGAGUUUUACAUCAAAAGUUUUGUAAAUAUACGACACAUCAAUUUUCACAGUAAAUUACAUACCAAGAUUUUUCAGUUGUUUGUAUCAUAAAAGUGAACUGCUGUUGUUUAGGGGAAUAAUAGAGGUAAAAGUACUUGUCUAACUCAAGAAAUAAUGUUUUUGUAAAGAAAUAUUUUUACGACGAUCGAAUGAUUGUCUUUUGAAUUUUCUAUUUUUUGUUUCAUGGCUGAAUACUAACGGAUGAUUGUUUAAGAAUGGAAGUUAUAAAUUGAUUUAAAGUACGUUUCUUCUGUUAGAAGAAGAAAUGUGCGGAUAAUUUUGGAUUGAUGAAUUGAUUAUAAAAAUGAGUAAGAAGGUAACAUUAAAUUGAAUUCUGAUUAAUUGCUUACCAAAGGCAAUUUUUUGGUUAACAAGAAAUGUUAUUUUGAUUUUAUGACUCUUUUAACACUACCCUGAUAAACAAAAGUUGAAAUGUGACAUCAAUUUGAGCUCAAUAUGUAUGCAUUACAACUCGAUAAUUAUAACUCAAAAUAAUUGUUUACGAAUUGAUUCACUCAUUCUGGAAGAUUCUACAGCUCGCAAAGUAAUCAAAGCAUAAAAGAUAUAUGGGCAUAAAGAUUCGUGAUUAAUAGAAGAGUCUGAAGGUUAUUUGGAUUGACAUUUGGUAUAUUUUGAUCAUUGUCAGGUGUUUAAUGCAACGUGGAUUGGGAGAUGGUCCUGUCAUUGUCAGAAAAUUAAUCUGGUACCAUAUAAAUUAGAUGGUCUAUUUUUUUAUUGAUAUUUGUUUCAAUAUUAGUCAGCUAUCUUAAAGAAAUAAUUGAGCUAAUAGUUCAAUUAUGAAUCUACUGUCAUUUUAUGGUUGUCUUUCUAAAAAUUGAAACUUUCAGACAUGAGUGACCAUUAUUUAAAUUUUUAUGGGAAAAAUUAUUUUCUAUGUCCUGCACGACGUGUUCGUAACAUUUUUAACAAAUUGUAUAAAAAAUUAAGUACAUUUACUCAACUCUUAAAAAAGCAUUUUUAAAAAAAAUGUUUGCAAUAGAUGAAAACUUAGCUAUCAAGUAUGUUUAACAACAGUCUACUUUGAGAAUAAUUUUAAAGAAUCAUUAAAAAAAAUUGUCUUUUUACGAUGAGUGAAUAUAACAUUAAAAAUAAAGGAACACGGGGUAAGAUGAACUCCUUCAUAAAAUUAUCAAGAAUAUGUGAAAUUGCAAAAUUUGAAAUGGAAAAAAGAGAACUAAAAUGAAUUACAUUAAACAUGAUAUGAAUGAAUAGAUGAUUAAAAUUUUUAGACUGCGCAUAAUUUCUAAAGGAACUAUUUUGCUUCAAUUUUCUUUAAUGAAAUUUUUAGAAACUUAUAUUACCCUAAUUGAUUGAAGGGACAUUUUUAUGAGCUGAUUUAUAAGAACUUGAUAAAAUAACCUUACAUAAUAUCAUUCAAGUUAUCUAAUAUUAAUAUUAAAAAAUAAUAUAAACUUACAAUUAGAUAUGAUAACUUUUUAUUAUAUUUUCGUAAUACGGUUGGUU